AUGGCCUCUCUUGAUUAUGAUGUCAUUGUUGUGGGUGCAGGAAUUUUUGGAUCAUGUACUGCGUAUCAUUGUCAAAAGCUUGGAUUGAAGACACUUCUUCUAGAGCAGGUAUUGUUUCAGAUGUCCUCGAAAAAAUUCGAAAUUUUUUUUGAGGCGCCUUUCAAGAUGUUUUCUGACAUGAGUUUAGAUGAUAGUGACACAUCAUGAGAAAACUUCUUCUAAAUUUCAUUUCAGUUCAAACUUGGUCAUUCAAAUGGAAGUUCUCACGGAUUCUCAAGAAUCAUUAGAUAUGCUCAUAAUGAAGUGGAAUAUGUUCCUUUGGUAGGCGAUGCUUAUGAUCAAAUUGAUGAACUUGAGAAAAAACGCAAGGAAAAACUUUGGAAGUGCGUUUUUUUCAUCCAAAAAUCAUUCAUAAAAUUUCAUUUCAAAUCUACAGACAAACUGGAUUAUUGUGGGUCAGCACUGGCGGCAAAAUCGACAAAAUCUCAUCGAAUCUCAAAACUCAUAACAUUGAACAUGAAGUUGUUUGUGGUUCAAAAAUUCAUGAGAAGUAUCCACAAUUUCAAUUUGGAGAAGAAUGGCAGGGACUUAUUGAUCCAAAGGGUGGUGUGAUUUAUGCGAAUAAAUGGCUUCACGCUUUUCAAGACGAGUUUGUUCAAUUAGGAGGUGUUGUACAUGAGGAAGAGGAGCUGAUUUCUUACAAUGAUCAACUUCAAGAUAGAAUUGAGGUCAAGACAAACAAAGGGAGUUAUAGCUCACGGAAAAUUAUUUUCACCGUUGGAUCGUGGAUCACCAAAUUGUUGCCUGAACUCGAUUUCAAAAUUAAUGUAUGUAUGUAUGUAAAUUUAUAGCUAAAAGUCAUUUAAUUGCAAUCUUAUAGCCUAUCAGUCUUUCAGUCUGCUAUUGGAAAGCAGCGGAAGAAAAAGAUUCGCAACUUCUCAACGAUGAUCAUUUUCCAGUUUUGAUAGCGAAAAACGUAGAGCGUAAAGAGUAUCAUUUUGCUCUUCCAGAUACGGAUUAUCAAGGUUCUAUCAAGUUCGUUUAUGAUGCUGGAGACACAUUAACAGCUGAUUUUCAACAUCCAGAGAAGCGAUCACAGUCUUUGAUUGAUCUUCCAGCUGAGUUUAUCAGAAAACAUCUACCAGUGGUUGAUCAUAAGGCUCCAUCCCAUGUUGAUUUCUGCAAAUAUACGGUUAGUUCUUGUUUUUUUUCUAGAAAAAAUAGAAAACUCAACAUUAUUCUUUCUAGAACUCACCAGAUGAUCAUUAUCUGAUCGGACCAAUUCCAUUUAAAAAUCCAAAUGUAUUAGUUGGUGGAUGUGGGUGUGGUUCAGGUUUCAAAGUUUCUCCAGCAAUCGGAAGAGCUCUCGCUGAAAUGGCAGCCGACAAACCAACAACAGUUGAUGUCUCAUAUUUCAGUAUUUCAAGAUUUCAAAAAUGA